AUGGGAACGCGAUGGAUUCGAACGAGAACGAGAAGCGGAGAGAAUCGCGACUUUACCCUAUUCUUCCGAAAAGUCAGUCCGUUCUCGAAUCAUUUUCCAGUGAAUUUCAACUCGGAUGAAUCAUUGAAUUAUUCGAAUAACGUCGAAUUCUGCUGCAAUGAGCAAUUCUACAUGUUCAACAAGGCAUCGUUGUUUGGCGAUGAGCGAGCGAUGAGGGAAAUUCUUGGCUCGAAGAAUCCGAAGGAGAUGAAAAAGUUGGCCGGCGCGCACUCGAUUGCGAAUUGGGAUGAGAGAAUAUGGAACUCGCACAAAGACGAUGUGAUGCGAAAAGGAUCAAUGGCAAAAUACUCAUCAGCCGCCCAUCUCCGUUUCGCCCUUUUUCUCACCACAGGAAGCGAGCUUCUCGAAUGUAGCCCAUUCGAUCGAUAUUGGGGAAUUGGAAAAGAGAUCAACGAGGCCAUUGGGUGUUUGCCGGACGGAAUUGCCGGAAAGAAUCGGCUCGGAAUGAUUCUUGACGAGAUUCGUGAGACAAUGUGGAAUGAUGAGCGAUAUAGAAAUGAGCGAGAAUUCAUCGAGAAGCGAUUGGCCGCCGAUUCGGAAUACGCGAUGAAAACGAUUGCGAAACUUGAUCUGAUAUACAAAGAUCAAGCUGCUCAGAGAUUCGCACUCCAUCGAAGAUGGCCGGUGGUGAUUAAACAUUGCGAAACGGAUUCUGAAGGUGUCGUGCUGAUUCCGGAAUGGGCGCGUAGUCCGCAGAUCACCAUGGCAUCAUUGUCGAUUUGUCCAUCGCCACCGGUUUAUUGCGAUUUUGAAAUGUGUUCCAAAAUGACGAAUACUUCUUCGACUCCGGCGAAGAUUAUAAUUAGUAGACGAUUAGCAUCACGAUUAUCGAUUCCAGAAAGUCUUGGAGUUCCGAUAGACGAAGCGCAAGCAGAAGUAGGAGUAGAAGUCCCAAAUAUGGUAGAAGACGGUCGAUAUCGAGGAAACGAAGGUCUCGAAGGCACAGUAGUGAAAGAUCCAGGAGGCGGAAGAGGCGACGUCAUUCGCGUUCGAGCAGCGCCAGAAGCAACUCGUCGGAGCGACGCACAUCAUCGCGCCGAUCGUUCAAUGAGUCCAAGUAAUAAUCGUGAGAAGACGUCGGAAAGUCGAAAAAUGAAUCGACGGGAGAGGCGAGCGGCGGAACGAGAGAAACAACUGGGAAAAGAUUCGAGAAAUGUUCUUGAAGAUGAGAAAGGCGCGGUCGCGAAAGAAAUGGAUAAUGGUAAAAUGAUGCGCUAG